UCGAUGGUAUAACAACGAUAGUAUAAACUUGAGCUCUUUACUAUCGCUAUUUUUGGAUCAAACACGGAUUUUUCUAAAAAUUGGAGAAUCUGUUUUUGUCAACUACGGAAGAAAAAAAAAUGUCCCAAAAAAUGCUCUAUUUGAUUAUUGUUUAUGGGAAAAUGUAGGAAAAAUAGGAUAAUUAGAGCCUUGUACUACCACGGUUCUUAGCCCCGAAUGAAUCUCUAUCCAAAACUCACAUUAUAUUCUCUAUUUAAGUCCGCGCUCUGAAAAAACAAGGCUAAAUGCAUCUGUGUAAAUUGUCGUCCCAUAAUGAUAUUUGCCAGUGCAGUCUGCACAUGCUACACAGCGAUGACACUUUCCGUUUUUUUGUGUGGAGUUUUACGUUGAAAGGAAGUCUCUUCCUCGCAAAAAUCUAAAUAUUGCGAAAACAUUUGACCCUGAAAAGCCUGUGCGGAAUGCACUUUAGGCACUUUCAUUAACAGGGUACACAGUCAACGGGGUUUGCCGCGUUUAACACACGUUUUUUUUUCUCUUCGCGAUUUAAGCCGCCGGUGAUAUCAGCACUUCCGGCGAGCGGACGGCUAUCAACGACGGUCUUCAGACGACCGCCGCAAUUCUCCACACGUUCAGCGUGACAGACAGCGAUGACGCCGUAACGUGCUCCGUGAGGCCGCCGACUUUUGUCUCCGGCAUGCCCGGAAGUUCCGCGAGCAUCUAUGACGCCACUGUCACACAGACGUUGCUCGGGAAAUUCACAACUUCAGACCCUGAUACAACGAGAAAAUUGACGUCACCGGCGAAUCCUCAACAACCUGGUAAGGUAAUCAUUGAUCAUAGUGUGAAUGCCUACAAUUUUAAGGCUCAUGAACCACCACAAGGAGAUUGAAGUGUGGAUCAAAAGCACCGUAACUCAAGCGUCUAUCGACUUCAACGACCAGACCGUUCCGUUGCCGUUAACGAUAAAAUGUACUGACGGAUACGUCGCGAAUGAUAUCACGGGAACGUUUAACGUCAAUAUUGUCGACGAGCCCCCAGUGAUUACCUUACUACCCUCUACCGGAAGUUCCAUCAACGAUGGUAUGCAGGCAGCCGCGGCGAUCACCCAUACGUUCAGCGGCGACCAUCCAUACGUUUAACGUCACCGACAGCGACGACGUUGUCACGUGCUCCAUACGAGCGCCGGAAUCCACCUUUUUUUGAAGUGGUAGCCGCAACUAGCCCAGCGUUCAAUACCCGCGUGAAAGCAGGAGUGACGUUGGCUGCAGCGGUCAGUCCGUACGUCAUGCACGUUGAUUGCACAGAUGCCGUAACCGCCGUCAGUUCAACGUUCACCCAGCCAGUACUUGAUAAGCCGUCGACAUUUUUAUCUGGGAUUCCCGGGAAUUCCACUGACGUCUCAGACGACACCGUGAUUGCGACGUCACUGGGAAAGUUCACAACUACGGACCCUGAUACCACGUGUUCUGUGACGUUACCUGUGACAACCGUCUAUGAGAUCAAAAAAGCAGCGUCACCGACCGAUCCCCAGAAACACGAGUUCGAAGUGUGGAUCAGUAACGCCGUUACCCAGGCGUCUAUCGACUUCAAUGACCCGCCUGUUCCCCUUCCGUUAACAAUCAAGUGCACUGAUGGGAACGUUGUUAAUGACAUCACGGGGACGUUUAACGUCAACAUUGUCGACUCGCGGCCGGUUUUCACCGCACUGCCUGCGACCGGAACUAACAUUUUCGACGGUCUUAAGCACGCCAUUGACACCCUUCACACGUUCAGCGUCACCGAUAGCGACGACGCCGUUAACUGCUCUGCAAGAGUGCCGGAAAACGCCCUUUUGAAGUGAUCGCCGGUGUCGCAUCAAGGUUUACAAUUAACGUAAAGGCGGGGGGUAACGCUAAGAGCAGCGAACGGACCUUACGUCAUCAAAGUCGACUGCUCAGAUAGCGACAAUGACGUCACUGCGACGUUCACACAACCAGUGAUUGAUACG